CGUUUCUUGUUAUUGUCUGUUAAAACAGAACACUGACCACUUAUCUAGUAGAUAACACACGAGGAGUGUCGUUAUCAAUAUUUUAGCAGCUGCUAAUCGGGCACGUGGCACCGAUUUUUCUGCGAUAAAAAAUCACAGAGGCAUCAUUGUCAUCAAUAUAAAAAUUGAUGUAUUUAGAGUGCUGGAGAAAAAGAUCGAGUCCAGGAGACAUCCGAAUGAAACGAACCUGAUCUGUCUAAUGACUGAUUCGUCCAGAUGACACAAGGAAGAUUAUAGCAUCUGAGCGCUCGAAGUUACGCAACGCUUGGUUCUCUACGCGGUAAAAUCGUCGGCAAUUUCCCAGAGAGUGUCAACGAUCCUCACAGUCGCACGUUAAUGCCCAGAGAAUUUCUCUUCCGCGUGUUAACAGCACUUGCACAGAGAUCAAGCGACACAGUGACCUUUGAUAUGUGCCGUGUCGCGAAGCAAGCGGGAAGGUUAAGUUGUACGACAGUGAGGUUAGGUCGCGCACCCCUAAAUUUGGAAUUUCCACCUUGGGUCGUCCCGGCAGUCCCGCGGCCAAUUCACAGGCGGGUAUUUCCCGGCAAAAAUCUCCGCUACGUACUCUGAUAAACGAAAUAUAGCCGGUGGAAUUACAUAAUGUUGAGACCAGAAGACCGUGGCGGAGUUCGUCUUAAAGGACGCGAGUUGAGAGGCGAUACUGUCAAUAUUUUGUAAUCAACAAAAUGUUUACUCGACAAUUAAUAUUUUCUGCAAGAAUAAUUUCACGUGCAAGAUUAUUGAGAACAUUGCACAAUAAACCAGAAGAAGCAAAUUUAACUAGUGAAGUAGAAAUUCCAGUGCCAUGGGGUAAAGUAACUGGCCAACUAUGGGGGUCUCAGAACAAACAGCCUAUCUUGGCUAUACAUGGCUGGCAGGAUAAUGCAGCAUCAUUCAAUCUUCUAGCACCUCUUAUAGCAAAGAAUACACCAGUUUUAGCAAUUGACUUGCCCGGUCAUGGCCUGUCAUCAUGGUUGCCACCAGGAUCUAUUUAUACUGAGAUAGUGUAUGUUUUGUUAAUCAAACGUAUCAUGAAAUACUUUGAAUGGGAGAAAAUAAAAAUAAUGGCACAUUCUCUGAGCUCGAUGACAACAUAUUGGUAUGCGGCAUUGUUCCCGAAAGAAUUGCAAUAUGUCAUAGCUUUGGAUUACUUCAAAUUUCCAGUUUUGGAUACACAUUAUUAUGCUCAUGCGUUUGGAAAUGCAAUUAAUUCACUGGUCAAGCUGGAAGAAAACAUGAACAAUCAAGUUAGUUACUCAAAAGUUGAGAUGAAAAAAAAAUGGUUGGCAAGGCUUGAACAAAUAGAUGAUGCGGCAUGCAACACACUUAUGACUAGAGGAGUUCGUCAGAAGGAAGAUGGGAUGUAUGUUUUGAGCAGAGAUCCUAGAAUACGGAUAAUACCUAUUCAUUCUAUUUUUUCAAAGGAACAAAUGGAAGAUUUUGCAAAGCUCAUAACGUGCCCAUAUUUGAUAUUGAGAGGAACCGAAUCACCUUAUAUAGAAAAAAAAGAAUAUUAUCAUAGUGCCAUACAAAUAAUGCAACAGCAUAACAAGGAUGUCUAUUACGAAGAAGUGCCAGGAAAGCAUUUUUUUCAUCUCAUGCUUGCAGAACCUGCAGCAAAUGCUAUUAAUCGAUUUUUAGAGAAAUAUGAUUGAAAAUAUAGAAUUUUAAUUAAAUUAAUCUCUAUGUCACAUCUAAAGUGAAAAUAAAGUUUUCAAGGAAUUUAUUUA